CAAGGAAUGGCCAAUACAGUGUCCUCUAAGUCAAUAAAUCAGUAACCUAGGGAAGUGAGAAAAAAAGGAAAAACACCAUUAGAGAAAAGGACUUCAUGAGUUUGCUUACAACACUGCCUGAGAAACACACAUGCUGCAGUUUAGAUAAGUCUGAGUCUUUGAAUAAACUGAAAAGACAACAUGUGAACUGUGGUUCUCUGUUCCUGAUUGCACAUUAGCACCUACCUGGAGUGAGGAUGAUGAGCUCGGGUCAUCGGCGGGUCCACAGCCUGAGCUCCAUGCCUCUGCCUCUCCUUCCUCAGCUGCAGGCCGGCUCCAGCACGCUGCAAGACUCUAAUGUCAGCGACAUGAACAGUAUCUACUCUGCAGUCAUCAAGGUGUUUCGAGGAGAGAGGCUGCAGAUGAAUGAACUCUACUCCUUAAACGAAAGCAUCAGAUGGCUUCUAAAAACAGAAAUGGGCUCGUUCAUCAAGGAGUAUUUUCAGAAUCAGCUUCUGCAUAAAGGUCUUAGAUUUAUUUUGGAGGAGGUGCUGCUGUAUGAAGGGGAGAGUCAACUCUUUUUCUUGGCUGAUGUAUGGCUGAGAUUUUUCUCUGAGAUUUUGCCCACAUUGCAGGCUAUUUUUUAUCCACUGCAGGGUCAGGAGCUGACAGUGAGGCAGAUGGCCCUGCUGGCCUUCAGGGAUUUGGUCCUGAUGAGGGUUCCACUGGAGGAUCUGCUGCCCACCAACUUAUCUCUGCUUCCCACAUCCAUCACGCAGAUGCUGCUUGUCCUGCAGGGGGUCCAUGAACCGAGGGGCCCCUCAGUGGAAUACUGUCGACUUGAGAAGAUGCUGGAAAUGGUGGUUUCUCCCUAUCUGUGGAACUGUAAACACAAAAGCAAUGCAGAAGAAACCAAAGAAACCAGACACUUCAUCCAACCAGAGAUAAAGAUUACACAGCACAUUUCAGAGGGCUCUCUUCUGUCACCUUUAAUGGAGCAGGACGGAGAGACGUAUCUGGAUAGAGGGGCCAGCCUACGGCGCCACACUGUGGCUAAUAGCCUAUCCAGCAUGUCCAACACGCAGCUCUCUGUUACUGAUAGGAUGCAUUGUGGGUUAGUAGAAAGCUAUGAAACCAUUGAUGAAAUAAGAGAAGAACACAACAGGGGUAUCUCUCUUAAGGCGGUCACACAUUUUGAGAGCCAAAGCUGUUGAGAGACCAUUGCGUGUACACUUUUUAAGGGAAAACCAAGACAUAUAAGCCUCAGUAUGGUGCACAUGUCAAAUAUUCAUACAAUAUGUUGUAUAAACCAAGCAAAUACUGUUAAAAAUAGACAAAAUCCCUCAACGUGCCAUUUUUGUUGCGGCAAUAGUUGCUCUCUCUCUCCCAUCCUUUAAGAAGAACAUCAAGCUAAAUAUCUAAUAAAGCUACAAUAACUCAAACAUAUAUCCUUCUGCCUUUCCAACUUUGGCUAGAGAGUCAAGUUAACCAAGAGAAAAACAUUUUUGUCUUAUUUUCCGUAGGACCUAUGUUGCACAUUUUUUAAAACAAACAAAACAUUUCCAUUUGGUUUAUACAUCACAUUUUAAUAGCAAUGGACAUGCACACUAUUUUAAAGCAUGCAAGUCUUAACAAUCAGGCUCCCCUUUAAACCUGAAACAUUCUGAACAAAAACCAAACAAAGAACCUGCCCUUCAAAGAGUAAUAUGAACAUGAUACAUUUUAAAUUUAGUAAAAAUUUAUUUUUCAUAUAUUAAAAUGUUCAUUGGUUAUAUACACCAAAAAAAUCAAAGUAUCUGAACACAAAACAUAGAAUUAGUCAGUACCAUGUGUGAAUAUUAGGUCACGUAUUUAGUCUUCAUAAGCCCAUCUUAACAUAGCUAUGCAAUGAUUCUUGAAGCUCAUGUGUUCAACAUCCUGGGCAUAAAAUAAAAUGAAAAAAUUACUUUAAAAAAAAAGUUAAUACAACGAGAGGGGUUUAACAUGGUUUGCCUGGUGGGUUUCUUGAUGAAAAGUUUCUCAGUGUCUUUGACUUUGUUCUGUUCCUUGCCUGAAUACUAAACAUUUUUGCUGCUGUCAGAACAAAACCUCAUAGGUCCAUUUUUGUUUUUAUACUUUUAAAAACACAAUUUGAAAAAAUACAAUGGGCUGGAUGUAUGAAGUUUUGUUCCAACGACAGCUCUAACUAUAUAGAUCAUAUACAUAUAUGAGAUUUAUGUGAUUCAAACACUUAUUUCAUCCUGUGAAGGCCAAAGAGCCUGCUGUUGAUGCUACAUGGCAUACUUUUAAAUAAUAGUCUUAAAAAUGCCUCUGUUUUGAGUUAUUCUGCUGAACAAUACACGAGGCAGAAAUGGACAGUUUUCGUCAUCUGUCAAGCAGCAUAAUCUGAACUAAUCUUAACCAAGCUGUUUAUAUGAUGUAAUGUGAUGAUGUGUUAUGUUCAUAUGAUGUGUGAUGUACUUUGUCAUUUUACUUUUAUUUAUUCUACUGAGUGCAUUAUGGGCAACAGUGUCUAUAGGUAUUUGUUUCAUUGCGCAGCAUUAACUUGUUUCAUGAAGACAUUUACUUCAAGAGAAACUGAUUUUAGACAUGAGGCUCACAAAAAAGAAAAGUUGAAACGAGUCUAUGAUUUCUCACUGGCACUCACAGCAGCAAAACUUGUGAUGCUGGUAAAAAUGGUCCUUUUCAAGCAUCAUCUGGGAGCGCUUCUGAAAUAGAAAUGCUCCAAAAUUACUAAAAAAAAAAAUCUAGUUGUAUUCAUUUCCAUUCAAAGUAUGGGUAUGCACUGUGAUAUUUGUGGUGUUUUACACCUUGAUGACUGUUUUAAGCCCAAAAACACUGACUUAUAGCUCUACACUGUUUGCUUCCAGAAAAAAAUACUAGAGCCUUCAACAGACCAAGCUCAGUACUGUCUAGUUCAUGCUCACUUGUCAAAUUGGCUGUUUAUUGGAAUAGCUAAAGUACUGAUGUAUGGACAAGUGUGCACUGAAUUACACAUAGAAAUGUAAUAAUGUUCCUGUUAUAUGCAAAAUACAGACAACAAACAAAGGCCUCUGAGGAUCCAUGUAUUAAUCUGAAGACAAAAUUUGUUUCUUCAAAGUCUCCACUGAUAUAUUUUUAUUAAAAGGGUGUGUCUAUGAGAACUUGUAGGGUAGAAGUGAAGUAGGAGAGACUUGAAAAGGCUCAAAGUGAUGGCUCCGGGCCUCUGGGCUGCACUCCCUCCCUCCUCAGGCUCGCGUCAAAGCGUGGCGUGACCUCACAGCGUACCAAUAACACAUCGUCUUUCAGGAAGCCCCUCUGACGCAAGGCCUGCAGUUGCAAGAAGGUGACGUAGCCGAAGCCUUUGGGGUUGCGCUGGACCGUGGGCCUCUGGAAGGCCUGGAGAUCGGGCUUGGUUUCCAUCACCUCCACAUGGUGCUGCCCCUCCGUCUGGUCCAGCACAGCAAGUCGGAUGGUGCCCUGAAGUGGCCAGGAUAGCUGGCUGUCAAACUCCCCCUGCAUGGUGUGCACAAAUAGAGAGAUGUAGUUGGAACAACGGGGAGCACUGGGGGUUUGGAGGUGCAGUCGGAGGCAGAGUUUAUAGCCUGGUCGACCGGUGUAGAAGGGUGGGCUAUGGAGGACCACAGGGUGGCCUGCUUCCUGGCUGCGAAGAUGGAGUGAAAACCCAUCCAGCCGCCAUACGUAGACACCUUGAUACUGCUGGGCCUCCAGUUCACGUGUGGAUUCCUCCAGCAAGGCCAGCUUCUUGCGCAGCUCAGUCAUCUGAGUGGACUGCGUCUCGUUUCGGAUGCUCAGCUCCCGCAGUUUUUGGUCCUGAAUAACCAGCCGACUCUCCAGCUGCAGGACAGUCUCACGCAGCUGAAGCAGGUCCUGGCUACACUGACACUGCUCCGCUGGCCUAGCAGACGCACUAUGUUCAUCUGUGGGACAAGACGUCGGGGCAGAAGAUGAAGGGAUGAAGCCGUUUAUUGUCUGGUUACGAAGGAAUUCAGCCAUGUAGCGCAUGUGCAUCUGUGUGAACUCUUGCAUGUGAAGGGCCAGGUCGUUUCUCAUCAUCUUGGACAAAGACAUGGCAAAA